ACCGCCGCCGCUCCAGCGCCGCUGCUUCAGUCGCCGGAAAUAGAACUUCCGCUAGAACACCACUGUCUUCCGCCGCCGCCGUUCAACGUAGGAACUGACUGCUGCCACGAGCCGGAGGCCGCUGGGUAGCCGCUGCUUUGCUGCCGAGUUGGCCGAUAUCUUCUUGAGAAUUUGAUUUGUCUAAUUCGUCAAUAAAUUGAGGUCAGAACUUGCAUAUCUAACGCUAGAUUAUGUAUAUAGAUUUGAAAUUCACGUUCGUAGUUUCGUAUGAUUGAUUACGUGGUUUAUUUGUUACAAUUGAAUUAUGAUUUAAUUAUAUUAUAUGUUAUUGUUGGAGUUGAUUGAACAAGGAUGACCAGAAUGAGCGAAGCGUCGAAUAACCAAAACGAGACCCAGAACAUGGAACAAAAUGUGGAGGCUCAACCGGACCCGAUUAUGCCUGCGUUCCUGACGCAAUUUCUGCAGCAAAUGGCGAACGCGCCAAUGUUCCAGCCACCGCCUCCACCGCCUCCUAGGCAAAUCACAUUGAAAACGCUGAAGGACAAUGGUGCUGAAGAGUUCCAUGGGGAUAGGAUCUCUGAUCCUCAGAUUGCACUAGACUGGAUUGAACAGACAGAAAGAGUGUUGAAGAAUCUGAGUGUUCCAGAGGCGAGACGUCCUGAGCUUGCUUUCCAGCUCCUUCGUAAGGGAGCAUACGAGUGGUGGAAGCGCGCAGACGAGAAAGCGCCUAAGCCUUGGACAUGGGAGCAUUUUGAUUGGGCAUUCAAGAAGGAGUAUAUACCGGCCCGCUUCAGAGAAUAGAAACGUACGGAGUUUAUGGAACUAAAGCAAGGAGACAUGA